AACAAGUAUUGUAAACCAUUAGCGCAGCAGAAAUUCUUAUUGGUGAUCUGCUUACAAUAUUUGUAGACCCAAAUGGUGGGUCUAUUGACAGUUCACUGCCAGAAAUUAUUUUAUUAUUUGGGAAAAAAAUCCCAAACCAAACAAAUGAAAAAACUUUUUUAUUUGUAAGAUUGUGAAUAGGUUAAAUGUUACAAGUUGCUAUCAGUGAUUUCGAGGAAAGAACUCUCAUGAAGUGAUGAAAUCUCUGCUUUUUCACAGUUGUCACCAGGAAUGCAGGUCAUGAAACUUGCCACUAGAUGUCCCUGAAAGCCAGAAUAGUUUUGUUUCCUUAAAUGCAUACAGCUUAGGUUUUUGCAGUCUGAAACCAUUAUUUUGCAGGCUACAAUUAUCCCCUCUCUCGUCUCCUUUUUUCAUGAAAUGUUCGUGCGUAUGAACGCGUGGCCAGGUGUGUGUCUUGCGUUGUAAUUUGUGCACUUUUUUAUAGAGGCAAAAGCUGUGAGGAGAAAAGGUACCUUUCUCACCUGCUUGGAAUUGCGUACAAAAGGUUGCAUUUCUGUUUAUCUUUUGGCUGACAUGCCCUCAGAAAAUGUAGGAUUUUUUUAGUGUCUUUGACUUUAGAUCUGUUAUACCACUUCAGAAAUACUUCUUACUCAAGUAAGUGUCAGGAUUCAGACCUGACUUUAAGUUCUGUGUUCCUAAUUCUGAGCUUUGGCUUACAGUUUGAUAGUUACAUUUAUUAUCUCUAGCUUAUGAUUUGAGAGAGAGAAAAGUAUUAUUGCCUGGAUGUUGUUUAGUUUUUUUGUUGUUAUUUUUUGGUUUGUUUUAACAGUGAUAAUGUUAACCAUGUUGAUGUGCUUAGAAAUUCUUAGGGACAUGCUGCCUUGGGUUUCCUCUGUGUACGAGAACUUUCUGUCCUCUCGUGUGAUUUGUUGUCCUUCGCAUCACUGUCCAGUUCUCCUCAUACAGCUGUUGGUUUAACAAUUGAAAACGUCUUUAUCUUGAGUUUGGAAAUUGCUGUUGUCCUUAGUUCUAAACAACCAACAAAAUUCAGGAAGGAAAAAUAGAGACCGUAUUGAUUAGGAGGUUCUUGAGAACUUAUGUCAUUAAUGUUGGAAGUUGGUUGUGCAUAUAGGACAGUCAUGGAGGAUACUAUUCUUUAUUCUGAUUUCUUCCUUUUCAUUAUCUCAACAAAUUUGGGUAAAGCAGAAUACAAAGUUUCUUGUCUUGCUUUGCCUAUACUAGUGUUCCAAGUGGUAGAUCUUCCUCUGAGCUUUUCCAAUCUUAGUGAUGGAGGAAGGAAAAAUGGGAAAGAAAUUUUAAAUAUAAGACUUUCUUGACAUUAUCAUGUCUUUUAGUGGAAUGGGCACUGACAUGUGAUGUUUAUUUUUCCAUAUGGAAGAUAAAUUUUCAUUUUGCUUAGAGUUCAGGGGUUUAUAAAAUCAAAUUUUAAGUGUUUAAGGUAUAGAUCCAUGAAAGAUUUGAAGAGUGGAAUCGUAGAAAAUUCAACUUUGCCUAUAAAGAAGGUGAGGUAUUGCAGCGAUGCCAGAGUUUUAACAUAGUUUCUGUUUGAGUUUUAUUUUGUUCAAAGUUACACUCUGUACACUGCUGCCGUGGAGUUUUUAGGCAUCAGUUGGCUAUGGGAAAAGCUAAAAUGGCAGAGUAGUUUGUUUCAAGGCUUUGUAACUUCCCUAAAAUUCAGUUACAGUCCUCCCUCCCCCAGAUCCUGUGGAAGUGUCAGUAAUGUUCACAUUAAUAGGCGUUGCUUCUAACAUCAAAAGGCACUAAUGAGGUAUAUUAGGAUACUUCCUCAUUCCUCAGCAACUGUCGAUUUGCAGCAUUCCUCACACCAAUCUGAUAUUGUCGUGUUUCAGAAAUUACUUUCUGGAAAGGUCACAAGAAACCACAAGAUAAACUGAAAAUGAGAAAGUGACAUAUAGCAAUGAUAUAUUUCAGGACUGAACUGCAGGCAGGUGUCUUCCAGGCUGUCCCUGAAACCUUAACUCUUCUCCAGAGAGGGCUUCAUAGGAAUUCAGCAGAGAGAAUUAUCUGCUCUUCUUCCUGCAGAAAGGAUGGUGUAUUGAGGAGUACAAUCUAUUAGGAUGUGACAACUUUGACUUUGAUAAGUAGUAGGAAAAGCUGUAUGUGCCUGAUGUCUGUGGCCUCUGCUUGAACUCUGACUAACAAGGCAUAAUUAGGGCAUUACUAGCAUCAUAGUUGGAGUCUCAGUGUAUAGUGUAGGUAGAAAUACCAUUUCAUGUAAUCUGUCAGAUAGAAGCGCUUGUGCUUGUUUUGUAUUGACUCAAACGAUCCCCGUGUUUAAGUUUAUUCUGUGCCCUGGAAGGACUGUUACUUCUCAGGGAAGGCAGAAUGAGCAGGCAAGAGCUGCACUUUCAGCAAAGGUUUCUAACCCGAGUUAUGGCAGAACCAGGAUUCUUCUGUACUUAAAGCAAAAGCAGUGUGUGAAACCUUUGAACUGUGAAUGUACUUGAAUGCUAAGUACGUGUCUUUGUAUUUGUUCAGGGGUCUUGAUCUUCUGAGAUGUCAGGAGAAAGAGUGGAUUGUGUUGUAGAUUAGUUAUACAUGAAUUUUAAUCUUGUCUUCUCCAUACUCAUCGUGAACAGUCAUCAUAAAAUGGAUGGUUUGGGCAGCCUCCUUCCUCCUGUGAUUGGAAAUGAUGAUCCAGAUAAUCCAGGAGAAUUACUAAAACUUCUGAUAGAUGAAAAAAUGCGAAGUGAACGCCAUAAAGCAAAUUAUCAAAUUUUAAAGGCAGAACAUCAAAGAUUACAGGGCGAUUAUACCAAAUCACAAGAUGAAAUAAAGCAGUUAUUAGAUGAAAAGCAGGCUGCAAAUGACAAAGUUCAGCAGCUUGUCACUGAAUAUCAAGAGCAGUUGCUGGGUAAAUCGCAAGAGCUGGAAAAACUGAAGAUGCAGGUGCUAACUCCUCAAAAAUUAGAACUGUUAAAAGCAAAAAUACAGGAGGAAUUGGAAUCUCCUAUGAGAGAACGUUAUCAGAAGCUAGAAGAUGAAGUGGAAAAAUACAGAACACUAUAUAACAAACUUCGUUACGAACAUACUUUUCUGAAAUCAGAAUUUGAACAUCAACAGGAAGAACAUGCACGUACUUUAGAACAGAAGAAAAUAAAAUAUGAGGCUGAGAUUGCAAGACUGGAUAAAGAUAAAGAAGAACUCCAUAAUCAGCUGCUUAGUGUUGAUCCCACAAAGGACAGUAAGCGUGUAGAGGCACUCUCUAGAGAAAAGGCACAACUGUGUCAGAAAUUAAAAGCCUUAGAAGCGGAAGUAGAAGAACUAAGAGCAGAAAGGCACAAUUGUGGUGUGCAAGCAGAAAGUGUUCAAAGAGUACAAGCACGACAGAUAGCUGACAUGCAGGCUGCAAUGCGAUGUCUAGAGGCAGAAAAGAAGUCUGCUGAACUGCAGGUCGAUCGAAUUGAGAAAGAACUGCAGACAAGUAAUGAGCAGAACAUUGUCUUAACUAGCAAACUUAACAAAUGUGAACGAGAAGUCAAUUCCUUAGCUGCUAAAGUAGAAGAACUUAAACAUUCACAUAAAUUGGAAUUAACAAAUGUCAAACUGGAGGCAACAAGAACAAAGAGUGAGGUAGAAAGGGAGAAAAACAAGAUUCAAAGUGAAAUGGAUGGAUUGCUGUCCGACAAGGAAAUUCUUAAGGCAGCUGUUAAACGUCAUAAAGUGCUUUUAGUAGAAAAGGAUCGGGAGCUAAUUCGUAAAGUGCAAGCUGCCAAAGAGGAAGGUUUUGACAAUAUUGCAGCCUUACAGAAUGAAAAGUUAGAACUUGAGAACAGAUUAGCUCAUCUAGAGAAGAUGAAACUGGAAGAAGAUACUUGGAGACAGUCUGAAAAGGAUCAGUAUGAAGAGAAACUACGUGCUGCACAGAUGGCAGAAGAAUCUAGCAAAAAGGAACUUCAGCGUUUGAGAUUAAAAAUUCAACAGCAAGCUAUGCAGAGAAAAGAGCUGGAAGAAUGGAAACGUGAAAGCACUGAUCAGAAACAGCAAAUCUACAACAUGGAACUCCAGCUUGCCUCACUUUCUCAAUCAGAAAAGGAUUUGCUGGAGUCUAAUGAGAAGUUGAAGGAAAGAAUAGAAAGACUGAAACAAGAAUGUCAACAGGCAGAGAAAGCUCAACUGGAAAGAGAGAAGAUUUUAGAAUGCCAGCGUAUGGAAUGGCUGCAGGAGAAGCGUACGCUUACUCAGUGCAUCACAGACCAUGAAGAGAAAUAUAACCAACUGAGGAACAAGCUGUGUCGAGCUGCUGUUGCUCAGAAAAAGAGAAAGACUCUCAAUGACAAUAAACAAAGGAGGAUGCGUGAAAAAAUAGAACUUUUGGAAGCCAAGAUGGAAGAACUAGAAAAACAAAAUCAGAUGUUAAUUAGGCAGAAUGUUUCCUCUGAAGAAUAUGCACGCCUCCAGAAGAGACUAAAGGACUUGCAACGUCGGCACAAUGAAUUCCGGAGUAUAAUUCUGAACCCUAACAUACCAUCACUCAAUCCACUUGGGAUAAUGCCAUCGUCUGCCCUGCCUCCUGGGUCUGAAGUGUCCUUCCCUCUUCUUCAGGAGGAGCAGCAUCAAAGAGAGCUUUCCCUGCUUCGCAAGAGGUUGGAAGAACUAGAAACCAGACAGAGAAAACAGCUGGAAGAUCUUGGACCACCUAGAGAGCGGGUAAUGGGGGAUGCAUACAGGGACUUGGCAAGAAACAAGAUCACUGGAGAAAGUGAAGCACAGAGCGAGGACUCCAAAUAAAUCUGCAACUCUCCAUGCUCUUAACUUGCAAUAACAUAUCCUUUGUAUGUGCAUUUAAUAUAUUGCCAAAAACAUGCCUGUAUGUGCCUGAAUAGAAGCAAAUAUACUCUGCAUAG